AUGACAUCGAGGAUGAGCAACCUUGAUGAGACUUUGGUGAAACUAGCCGGCGAGUUGACGGGUGACCCUGAGACGAAGGCAUUUUAUGGCAACGUGGAAGCUCUCCAGGACAGCAUCAUCGAACUUUGUCAAAAAGCUUUUCACAGAUUCUGUGGUCAGACCAAAGGAGGACCAGCUGGUCAGCUGUUGCCGAUCAGUGUGAACCAGAUUGGUUUCCAGAAUGCUCAAGCUUCGCUCCGAAGGGGGGAGGUGUUUGACUUGGUCUAUGUGGUGCCAGAGUCAGUUGCUCUUUGGGAGAUGCUUCAGGUCCUGGAGAAUGAAGUGGAGAAAGUCGCCCAGGCAGUACGAACUGCUGGAGGGGAUGGCAUGCUGCAUUCUCCGGGCCUGGAGUUCACAUAUGAAGGUGCAGCAGUAAAACUGCUGUUGGCAAAUGACGCCGAUGUUUCAAAGAUUUCGCCGGACACGGUCAAUAGCAGGGUGGCGGGCCUCAUCGCCAGAUUGGUGUCGAAAAGUAUUCUUGACUCAGUGCCAGAUCUAGGCGCUUUUCACGGUUUGUUGAAGUGCAUCCGCCUUUGGGCAAAGCAACGUGGUCUAUAUGGCCCAUCGCAUGACUUUGGUUACAUUGGUGGAAUGGGCUGGGCAAUUUGCUGUGCACACAUUUGCCAAGCCAAUCCGCAAUCCAGAUCUUUGGAGCAACUCUUCACAUCGUUCUUCAUGAUCAUGAGUGGGUGGGACGUGCAGAUGCCGAUCUCCAUUCAACCGCACAGUCAGGCUCAGGCUUUCGAAGGCGAGAUUUCUCAAGGGGCAGGAUACAAGGUUGUCCUCCCAGUGGGUAAAGGUCUGAGUGCCACGCCCAAUUUGACAGCUUCGGCAGCACACCAACUACAGAAGGAGUUUCGGCGUGGCAACAGGAUGUGUGCUAAGAUCCAUGCUGGUGCGGCUGAAUGGAGCGACGUGUAUGCAAGCUCCAAGUUUGUGGAACGCUACCUGCACUUCUUGCAAAUUGACGUUAUGGCUGCGAGUGAUGCCAUCAUGAGCCAGUGGCUGUUGUGGUGCAGAAGACAUUUACAAGGCAUUGCUGAGACUUUGGAAAGUGUGCGCACUUGCCACUUGCGAACAAGACCAUGGCCAGUCUGGGUUUCUUUCAAGGAUCCUGACUGGCAUGUUGCCAAAACUCUGCUCAUUGCCUUGCGAAUCUCACCCCCAAUCUCGGCCAGCUCGCAAGCAGGCGCAAAGCCUGUGGUUGACUUGCGUGAAGUGCUGGUGACGGUCUUUGAGAAACUUUGCGCUUGGCCAUAUGCGACCAAGCAUUUAGGCGAAUUUGAUCUCUACAUUCGGCAUAUGUCGCAGCCAGAGGUUGGAGGGCACAUUGGCGCAGUGUCCGACAAGCUGGCCGAGAUGGCCGCUGAGAAGGGGGAUCGGUCAGCACUCUCGCGGCUCGCUGAAGAGGACCUGGUGCAAUUUAUGGUGAAGCUCAGUGUGGAAGGGUUUCCACAGGCAGUGAAGGUGCGUCGCAUGCAGAAGUACAUGGGAACCGUAGUGAGAUCUCCAGAGUGGAACAAGGAUUCUCCUGAAAAUCCAUGGACACCUGGCCUUGCUGUUUGCCCAGAGCUAUCUCAACAGGGUUCUGGCGAGGUACUGGUCAAGCAAGACGCAUGUGGCCAGAUUCGAUUGCAGCCUGGAGACAAGGUCACUUUCUGUAUUCCACAGGCAGCAGAACAUGGAGCACUGCCACAGGCGAAGCUGGUGAUGCUGGGCGUAACAGAUCGACCUGCAGGGUCGGUGCUUGCUUGCUGCAGGAUCCAUUUGCCGCGCCCAGGAGCAGGUGAAGGAAAACCACAACCUGCCCCUUUGUGCUUAGACCUUCAUGCUUUCGCAAGCAAGGUUAUAUUGUCCGGCCUCUCCAUUGAUGUUGGCGAAGCAGAAUUGAUGCGUUUUUUCUCCAAGCAGGGAGCAACAAAGGGCAUCGUUGCACAUGCACGUGGCUGCAGCUUUGCGUCAAUCACAUUUCCUAGUGCUGCCGACGUCGCUACUUUCCUCGGCCGCGAUGCGCAUGCGUUUGCUGAUGACAAGGAAACACGCAUAGCUUUGCUCCUCAACAGAUCAGGCCACACCUGCUCAGAUCAGGCUCGCUUGCCAGCACUUCCUGCUCCAGCCCUCCAACCCGGUGAGGAACCAUCGUCCAUUCUGAUCAGCUGGACUCCAUUGCAGCUGGCUGUUGGCUACGUCGUCGAACUGCGCCCAGCAGGGGCCAAGGCUGAGUGGGCACCUGUGGAUGUGGGCACUGGCGGGUCUGUUCAGCCUGGCUACUUCGCCCAGAGCUGUUCCUCCUGCAAGGUUGCUGGACUUCGACCAGGCCUUGCAUAUGAGGCUCGCGUGACCUACAUUUCAUCAUGCAGUUGUUGCUCCGAGGCCUCGGAUGCAUCCACACCUUGUGCACCGCGCGGUGAAUAUAGAGUGCCAAGAGAACCAUCGUAUCAGCACCCACUUCCAGCGAACCGUGCCCAAAGCGGUGUAGGCUACCCUGGGCUCUCAACUCCCACUUGGCGCUGCGUCCAUGGUGCGAUGGUUCCUCCACCCUCAGUGCCAGAAGUGUUGGCCGGAGACGAGGCUGGCUUCUCAGUUGCUGUACGCUGGCCUUCGGUUGGGCAUGCAGCGGCCUAUGUCAUCGAAUUCCGAGAGGCUGGCUCAACACAAACCGAGCGUUUUGUUCGCUCAGCAGCUCCAACAACUCCAGGGACUUUGGUCGAAUUGAGAGUUGGAGGUUUACGUCCUGUGCCUGGAAGAAUCUAUGUCGCGCAGGUUCGAUGUGUGGCUCAGUGUGGAUGUGAGUCUGCACCGUCCGCCGCUGCGUGCUCACCUCCUUUGGGUUGCCCAGUGCCAGACUCCGCUAGCCCAGGUGGGCAUAUGGUUCCAUCGCAGCUGCUCGAUCGCACAACUGAUCAGACUCCGGCCUGCCGCAGGUGGCCCCCUGAGGGGACGAGUGCCUCUGUACAAAUGCCGAAUGGCUUUGCCUUCGGGACUUGGUCAUCCGGUCCUGGUCCUGGUCCAAUGGCGGAUGCCUCGCCUCUCUCUGUGCACAUCGCGACUUCUCCAGAGGGAAGUCGGGCCCAUGCACCACACAGUGCUGAAAACACUUUGGCAGCCGCUCUCAAGGAGGCAGAUGUGCUGAAUCAUGCGCCUCUCAUUCCACCGCCAGACGCACCGCCCGGUGCCAAGGCCUUCCUGCAGGAUUUCGGGGAGAAGGCAAUCCAGAAGGAAUUGCCUCCUGAGGUAACUGGUCAGGAAGAAUGCCUUAUCCUAGAUUGA